AUGUCGACUCGUAAAGGGGGAACCAAUGUAGCUUACGAGUGUCCCCAUCUUCCUACGUGUUAUGAUCCCAGUAGCAAAGGCAAACCUUGCCAAGAUUGCAAUGGUUUGAACCUGACCGGUGUUCGCAACCAUACUCUCACCACCAGGCAACAUGCGUUUUGUGCCCCUGGGUGCCCGGUCUAUAAAUUGACCGAUCUGAGUCAAAUCGAAUUCAAGAGGAAGAAAUGUUCGACAACAACCGAUUUGCCCGGUUCAUCCAAUGUCACUCAAACUCGUACUUCUUCAACCGAGCGAUCUCCUUCACCCUCUCUUCGCACAGGAAAGACUCCACGAAUUCGACAAAGAGAAGGCACACAUGAGGGAGCAGUAUCUACCAACCAGGGCGUCAGCGGCGAGCCAAGUUUUCGACGAAACAGUGUUCGGAGCACCUCUGCAUGCAAUCCUGUACAGGAUAAAUUCUCUGGAAUGAGCAUCAAUCCGGAAAAGUUUACCCUUCAAGAACCUCAUCAUUCCUCUCCGAAAGCCUCUUCCUUUACUCGAGAAACAAAUCGAAAUUCCAGCAAUGUGCCCGGAAAUUCUAGAUCGAAAAACUUAAUCGGGGACAUGUCAACUGCCUUUGCUGGUCCUCAUCAUACCCAAUUGGAAAGUAUCUCGGCUCCAAACCCAGGUGUGGCCAACCAGCUCCAUGCGUUGAUCAAUUCUCAAAGCUCGCAAGAGGCAGAACCGUUGAUGUGCGACUUCCUUAUUUUAGAUCCUGCCGCCCCGGCAACGAAUAUCUGUCAUGAGAAACCUUUCCACUUUGAUUGGAAGUUUGGGGCACUCUUGGUGGUAUCCUCGGUACAUUUCUUCUGGUUCAUCCGGGCAUGGUGGGAUGAAUAUGCUCAUGCAUAUUAA